CUCAUCGCCCCUAGUAUUGAAGUCUGUAGUGUCCAGUUAAACCUCAAGUCAACUACUGGUAAGGCCCUUCAGGCUCUAUCCCAUUAGUCGACCUGCACAGUCUAGAUUUUUUAAAGUUGGCGACGGCAUUUCCUCCACACACAACGUUGUGUAGCACUUGAAAGACUGACCGCUCUAAUAAACUCGUAAAACUAUGACAGGCAGAUACUCCUGGUUGGCAACGCUAGAUCCUUUGUACAACGUAGGUCAUUAACGGCUGAUCUCACUGGCUUUGUUGAGGUCGUAUCUAACGAUUUACCCGUUGAGCCUGUUCACGCCGUUUUCGAAACCGAAGCCUUUCUUCUAGUUGCCAAAACCCUCUUCAUUUUGUGGAGGACACGGGCAGCUUAUACAAAUCAAGAGGCCACAGCAAGUCAUAUCGUUAUUCUGGUUCACGCGGUCUUGGGAUACAGUUUUUUUCCAGAAGCUUGUUUUUAGCGAACGCAUAAUGUGGACCUCAUCCGACCAGCUGUCAACCUCAACUACCUUGCAUCAAGGCAGAAUUUCCCGCCCGCGGAGGCGUCUAUCUAAGAGUCAUCUCCAGCAGGCACGUGGAGGUGCGCAAUUAUUCUCUGCAUCAUCAUCUUCAGGGUUCCUAGGUACUAUAUCUGCCAUCUUUCCUAUGACGGAUGUUAUAGCUGGAGCUGCAGCUCGGGCAGCUUCGCAGAGUACCAUCCAUCCACUGGACACUGUCAAGGUUCGGAUGCAAGCUGCGCUGAAAGGCAACGUCCCACAGAAAGCCAACAAGGCCUCUGCACAGGGUACAGCUCUUAGUGGUGGUAAAUAUGGCAUUGGAAUCGGUCAAGCGACCUCGACCGCAGUACGUUCUCCUCGAUCCAUGGCUGUUGCAACUGGAGCUGUAAUUGGCAAGUUUGGUUCAGAAAUAGGGAGUUUGUACAAAGGUGUGCUUGGUGCAGCUUGUGGUGCUGGAAUCGCGAUUGGUGCAUAUUUUGCGUUCUACGGCGCUGCGAAAAAGGUUCUUGAAGCAAACUCGGGCUACUCUGUUUCGACUAUUGCUUUCCUAGCAGGUGGGAUAGGCGCCCUUGGUUCUUCUAUAGUGAAGGUUCCUGCCGCAGUUUGUAUCAGGUCUGUACAAGCAAAUGUGUAUCCGAAUGUCAUCACUGCGGCCCGUCGAAUCACAACAGCAGCAGGUCCUCGUGGACUAUUUACUGGAUAUGUCCCUACACUUCUUGAAGAUGUUCCAGACAUGGCGGUGAAGUUUGCCGCAUAUGAAACCAUGCGUGCAAUGCAUCGCCAACUCACUGGAAAAAGUCAAGAAGAUUCAGCAGCCGCUGCUGACAUUUCUAUGGGUUUAAUAGCUGGUGCUGUUGCUGCAGGUGCGACCACUCCACUUGAUGUCGUGAAGACUCGAAUGAUGUGCAAUGCCUCACAGCGCCCUUCAUUCACUGGGGCAAUCACUGGAGUCUGGCGAGAUUCCCCCCCUGGUUUCAGCCGUGUUCGAACUUUCUUCACAGGCGUCGGCCCUCGCGCUUUCUCAAAUGGCAUCAACUCUGCCAUUUUCUUUUGUUUCUUUGAAAUCAUGCGAUCUUCACUCAAGAAGUGGGAGGAAAAACGAAAAAAAUCCUGUCCAUUUCGAGCAACAGGAAGCUACGUUACGAAAUCACCUUUGAAGGUCCACACUGACAGCAGUUGUAAAGGUGCAGCUUAAUAAACAACUGGUGGCGCGGUGAGAAUUAGCGUCAUUUUUGAGUAAAAAUGGCGAUUUUACUCGGAAGUACUACAAGCCUUGCCAGCACAGUGCUCCUACUGGCCUUUCUGUUUUUUGAAUUUCUUGCUCACUCGGACUUUUAGGGAUUAUGGCAUCCCAAUCUACUAUAUUUGGAACGGUAAAGAGAACAAUUGGCUUGUGUUGCACCAAUUUAUGUGCAGAGUUGUUGGAGAUCUUUAUUUUUAUUUGUAUGCAUAGUCUCUUCUCAAAACUAUUAGCAUCAGGUGCACAGGUUGUGCACCUGUUUUCGUAUCUGUGUCGAUCGAGACAACGAUCUCGUCUUUAGCUUUCUUGUUAACAAAUUUGAAUAACAUUAAAAACAUGAAUGUCUGGCAUAUUCAUCGUUUAAGUAGUCGCCUCUGCUCACGAUGAAGAAGACAAAGUUCAUGAAAC